AUGCCCCCGGCAACGCUCGCCUCGGACGACGCGGCAGGAGACGACGCGCGCACGCAGGAACUGCGCGCCCGCAAGGCGCGCCGGACCGACGAGGACGACGUGGACGGCCGCGUCCUCGAGGAUGCGCUGCAAGAGGGCGCGAAGACCCAGAAGCGGACGAAGCGCAAGCAAGUCGACUCCGAGGUCGAGGACGACGACUCCGACUGCGACAUGAUCGUGGACGAGGACUACGAGGCCGAGCGGACCCAGAAGCAGAGGCGGAGGGAGAAGGAGAAGCCCGCCAAGAAGCACAAGAAGCACCGCGCCGGGGCCGGUCCGAGCGCGGGCUUCGGCCCGGCGGUGGAGAACGUGAACCCGCUGCUGUCCGGCAAGGGGCUGGCGGGCCAGAUCAAGCGCGUGCGCGUGAUCCACUUUAUGUGCCACGAGAACUUCGUGGUGGACUUCGGGCCGUACCUGAACUUCGUGUGCGGCAGCAACGGGUCCGGGAAGUCGUCGGUGCUCGCGGCGAUCCAGAUCUGCACGGGCGCGACGGCGCGCGACACCCGCGGGUCGGCGAAGCUGUGCGACCUGAUCAUGUACGGGCACGACAAGGCGACGGCGCUGGUGGAGCUGUGGAACACGGGGACGGACGCGUACCGGCCCGAGGUGUUCGGGGAGGUGAUCGGGAUCCGGCGCACGAUCAAGCGGUCGGGCGCGUCGGGCACGUCGACGGUCGACCUCCUGGACGCCAACGGCAACGUGGCGCAGCGCUCGGUCAAGGUCGCGGAGCUGACGCAGAUGCUCAACGCGCUCAACGUGGACGGCGCGAACCCCGUACAGGUCCUGACGCAGACGACCGCCAAGGAGCUCCUCAUCGAGGGCGACCAGGCCAAGCUCUACCAGCUGUGGCAGUCGGCCAUGCAGAUCCCGCGCAUCCGGGAGGACAUUGCGCACACGUACAAGCAGAUGGCGGCGGUGAAGGAGGCGGCGCGGGGCAUGGAGGGGGAGCUGGCGGAGGCGGAGGCGGACAAGCGCGCGCUGAAGAAGAAGGUGGUGGCGAUGGAGACGGCGCUGGAGGCGCACAAGAGGCGCGCGGACAUCGAGAAGGCCUUCCGCUGGGAGGCGGUGAUGCAGUGCCGGAAGAAGGUCGAGCAGUGCGGCGCGCGCGUGGGCGAGGCGGAGGCCAUCAUCGAGAAGAUCGACGCGAAGAAGGUCGAGAUCGAGGCGGCCAUCAGCAAGUACGAGGACAGCACGCGCGCCGCAGACAGGGAGCUGAAGCAGCUUGCGGAGGAGAACAAGAGCCGGGACACCAGGAGCCUGCUGAAGGAGCGGACGGACCUGGGGCGGAAGAGGCAGAAUGCGGAGGGCAAGGCGAAGCGCAUCCGGGAGCGCGAGGCGGACCUGCAGUUCCAGAUCAACUGCUUUGAGCAGAACCGGGAGCGCGACAACGCCGAGCGCAACGCGCGCAUCGAGGCGGCCAAACGCCGGGCCGUGGAGCUGCGCCACAGCCACGAGGCGGCCCUGCAGCGGAUGCGCGAGGCGGUGCAGGCGGCGGAGCAGCGGCGGCAGGAGGUGGCGCGGGCGCGGGGCGACGCGCAGAGCGCCGACGCGGACGUGGCGCGGCAGAAGCAGGUGCUCACGGACCUGCGCAAGCGCGUCGCGGAGGAGAAGGCGGCGUCGGGGGGCAACAUCAACGAGCGGUGCGCGCCGCACGGGCAGGGCCGCGUGAUGCGCGCCAUCGUGGAGGACGCCGCACGGGCGCACGGCGCGGGGCGGCUGCGGCAGCCCGCGAUCGGCCCCCUCGGGCGGUUCCUGUCUGUGGACGACGAGCGGUGGCUGACGGCGGCGGAGUCGGUGCUCAAGUUCACGAUGUUCGCCUUCGUGGUGGACAACGACGCCGACCGGCGGGCGCUGAUGCAGAUCGCCAAGACGCACUUCCGCGGCGGCCUCCCGCACUGGUUCCAGAUCUACCAGACUUCGUUCAACCGCCCCGCGAUCGACGUGACGUCGCGCGACGCGGUGCCGCAGCACCUCAGGACGCUGAUGCAGGUGCUGCACGUCGACGAGGCCGCACUGCGCGGCAUGCACGCGGCCGGCCCGACCGUCGUGCGCAACAUGCUGAUCGACCAGUGCCGCGCCGAGCGCGUCGUGCUGGCGGAGUCGGAGGAGGAGGCCACCCACUGGGCCUUCCGCAGCCCCGAGGCGCGCCGAAGGGUGAUCAACUCGGUGUACACGGCCGAGGCGCAGUUCAGCCUGCGCGGCGUGGUGGAGUCGCGCCGGCAGCUGCGCCCGGACGAGCGCCAGAACAAGCUGGCCGUGGGCGCGCCGGGGCAGGUGGACGUCCAGCAGGUCAUCGCGCGGCUCGAGCACCAGGUGCGCGGCGAGGAGGGGAACCUCCGCGCCGCGCAGGAACGCGCGCGCGCCGCGCAGGGGGCGGAGAAGCAGCGGGCGGCGGACCUGCGCGCGGCGGAGGCGGCGGCGCGGCAGGCCAACGACGCCGAGGCGCGGCUGCGGGUCGAGCUCGAGGACGGCGGGCCGGAGGAGCAGGCCGGGCCCGCGGCGGGCGAGGACGACGACGCGGGCGCGCUGCUGCAGCUGGAGCGCGACCUGGAUGCGGCGCGCCUGGAACGGGGCCGCGUGGAGGAGGAGAUCCGGGAGAUCGAGACGUCGGUGGAGGCGCUGCAGGGGACAAUCCAGGGCCUGAUGAAGGAGCUGGCGACGCGGAAGGAGGCGAUGUCGAAGCUGCAGGAGCGGUACGAGGAGGAGCUGAACAUGCAGAACCAGUGGCGGACGCGGCUGGCCAAGGCGGAGAAGGCGCGCGGGGAGAAGGAGGCGGACCUGCGGGAGCGCCGGAAGACGCUGGAGCGGAUGUCGCGGACGUGCGAGGGCCUGGAGCGGCAGGCGGCGGCGGCGUGCGGGGAGGCGGAGGGCGUGGCGGCCAUGGAGCGGUGCAAGGCGGUGCUGCAGGAGGGGCAGCGCGGGUCAGGGUCGCGCGGGGGGGGCGCGGGCGCGGGCGCGGCGGACGCGCUGGACGUGGACAAGAAGCUGGAGCUGCUGCAGCGGCGGCAGGCCGGGAAGGUCCGGGCGAUCCUGGCGGAGGCGGGCGUGGACGGGCAGAACCUGCACGAGAACGAGGGCGAGGUGGAGCGGCUGCUGCGGCGCACGCAGGCGAAGCACAUCCAGGCGAAGAUGCGGCACAGCGAGCUGGCGGACACGCUGAAGGACGCGAUGGAGCCGUGCUUCGAGCUGGAGCACACGGUGGCGGCGCGCGAGGAGAAGCUGGAGCAGCAGAUCGUGGGGUGGCAGCAGCUGUGCACGAACAAGUUCAGCGACUUCAUCAAGCGGCGCGGGCACAAGGGGUCGCUCGGGUUCGACGACGACGCGGGCAUGAUGACGGUGGAGGUGACGAUCAAGGGGCAGAACAAGGCCGCCACGGAGCUCAAGACGCUGUCCGGGGGCGAGCGCAGCUACACGUCGCUGUCGCUCAUCCUCUCCAUGGGCGAGCUCGUCGACGCGGGGUUCUACGCGCUGGACGAGUUCGACGUCUUCCUGGACGCGCAGAACCGGCGCAUCGCCAUCGGGAACAUCAUCCACUUCGUCGCGGAGAUGGCCGGGCUGGGCACCGGCGGGGGCGUGCCGGCGUGGAUGGGGAAGAACGUGCAGAUGCUGCUGCUCUCGCCGCAGAAGAUGUCGGCCAUCGAGGACGCCAGGAACGCGUGGGUGAACAAGUACAACGGCGGCAAGCCGCUCCCGGACAGCUUCAUCCACAUGUGGCAGCUGCAGCCGCCGCGCGAGCGGUGA